CGCGGCGGGGACUGGACGGCCGCCGGGGAGGCGCCGGGAGCCGAUGGCUAGGCGGCCGCGCCGGGGGGGCCGCCUGGGUCUCCGGCUGUAACCGGAGAGCGCGGAGGCGGCGCCGCCCGCGGACGGCGGAGCCCUCCGGAGAGGACGCGGCUGCGGCCGCGGCGAUCGUGAAGACGUGGGUGGAGUAGGAUGAGACCGUGAGCGUCCCGAAGCCCGAACGAUGACCACCCCGGCCCUGCUGCCCCUGUCCGGACGACGGAUCCCGCCGCUGACCCUGGGGCCACCCUCCUUCCCGCACCACAGGGCCACCCUGAGACUCUCGGAGAAGUUCAUCCUCCUCCUCAUCCUCAGUGCCUUCGUCACCCUGUGCUUUGGGGCAUUCUUCUUCCUCCCAGACUCUUCCAAACACCGACGCUUUGACCUGGGGCUGGAGGACGUGCUCAUUCCUCACGUGGAGGCCGGCAAAGGGGCCCGGAACCCCGGAGUCUUCCUCAUCCACGGGCCAGACGAGCACAGACACAGGGAAGAAGAAGAACGUCUGAGAAAUAAAAUUCGAGCUGAUCACGAAAAGGCCCUGGAAGAAGCAAAAGAGAAAUUAAGAAAGUCAAGAGAGGAAAUCCAUGCAGAAAUUCAGACAGAGAAAAAUAAGGUACUCCAGGAACUGAAGACAAAAGAGAAUAAGCCACUGCCGCCAGUUCCUGUUCCAAACCUCGUGGGAAUCAAUGGUGGAGACCCAGAAGAUACUGACAUAAGAAAAAAAAGGGAAAAAAUCAAAGAGAUGAUGAAACAUGCUUGGGAUAAUUACAGGACAUAUGGAUGGGGACACAAUGAGCUCCGGCCUAUUGCACGGAAGGGCCAUUCCACCAACAUAUUUGGAAGUUCACAGAUGGGUGCUACCAUAGUAGAUGCUUUGGAUACCCUUUAUAUCAUGGGACUUCAUGAUGAAUUCGUAGAUGGACAAAGAUGGAUUGAAGACAACCUUGAUUUCAGUGUGAACUCGGAGGUGUCAGUGUUUGAGGUUAACAUCCGCUUUAUUGGAGGCCUGCUUGCAGCGUAUUACCUAUCAGGAGAAGAGGUCUUCAAGGUGAAAGCAGUGCAGCUGGCUGAGAAGCUCCUGCCCGCCUUCAACACACCUACUGGGAUUCCCUGGGCAAUGGUGAAUCUGAAAAGUGGCGUUGGGCGGAACUGGGGCUGGGCGUCAGCUGGCAGCAGCAUUCUGGCUGAAUUUGGCACGCUGCACAUGGAGUUUGUUCACCUCAGCUACCUGACAGGGGACCUGGUUUACUACAAAAAGGUCAUGCAUAUUCGGAAAUUACUUCAGAAAAUGGACCGUCCAAAUGGUCUUUAUCCAAAUUAUUUAAACCCAAGAACAGGGCGCUGGGGUCAGUACCACACGUCUGUGGGUGGCCUGGGGGACAGUUUCUAUGAGUACUUGCUGAAGGCAUGGCUGAUGUCCGAUAAGACAGAUCACGAGGCCCGGAAGAUGUACGAUGAUGCUGUGGAGGCUAUAGAAAAACACCUUAUCAAGAAGUCCCGAGGCGGGCUAGUCUUCAUUGGCGAGUGGAAGAACGGGCACUUGGAAAAGAAGAUGGGUCACUUGGCCUGCUUUGCUGGCGGCAUGUUUGCUCUAGGUGCAGAUGGUUCCAGAAAAGACAAAGCUGGCCAUUACCUAGAGCUAGGGGCAGAAAUUGCCCGAACUUGUCAUGAAUCAUAUGACAGGACUGCUUUGAAGCUGGGUCCUGAGUCUUUCAAAUUUGAUGGUGCCGUGGAGGCCGUGGCUGUCAGGCAGGCUGAGAAGUAUUACAUCCUGCGUCCAGAAGUGAUCGAAACCUACUGGUACCUGUGGCGAUUCACUCACGACCCACGAUACAGGCAGUGGGGCUGGGAAGCUGCGCUGGCCAUUGAGAAGCACUGCCGGGUCAGCGGCGGGUUUUCGGGGGUCAAGGACGUAUACUCCCCCACUCCCACGCAUGACGACGUCCAGCAGAGCUUCUUCCUGGCUGAGACAUUAAAGUACCUGUAUCUGCUGUUCUCCGGGGACGACCUCUUGCCUUUAGACCACUGGGUGUUCAACACGGAGGCGCACCCGCUGCCUGUGCUGCACCUUGCCAACACCACGCUGGCGGGCGACCCUGCCGUCCGGUGAGGGCGGGCGCGCCCCUGGGCUUUGUUUACAUGGACCACUGCUGAGGCGGCUCUGAAAAGACGACCUGGCAUCAACACGGACAGGUGACUUCCUGUGGACUCUCCAGCUUGUAGAUGUAUCAACUUUGAAAAUGAUUCCAUUUUAUACCUGACCAAAACAUGUUCUGGCCCGGGCCUGGCAGAGCGCUGGUGACCUGAAGACUGGGCCUCACACCGCAGCCAGCCAUCGGCACAGAGCACGGGCAGGAGCUGCAGCGGCCCCGCGUGCGCUUCCUCCUCCCACCGCCCCGCCGCCUCAGAGCACACACUUCCCACGCUCAUCCCCGUGCUCCCUUCUGAUAAGGGAAUAAAGUAAGAAUGACAACGAAAACCCCACAGCGUGGUCGCCACAGCAGUGAGGCGACUCGGUAAGGGACCAGAAUCACCUACCUGCUCUGAGAUCCCAGUUCCCUGUUGGAUUACCAGACUGGCAGCCAUUUCCAUCCCCAUCUGCUUCACUGACGUUUCUUGGUUGAAUCUGAUCCUCUCUCUCUGUGGGCACGGCCUCACAAAGAAUCCUAAAGAAUCUCUUCUACCGACGCGGGUGUAUGCGGAGCCGGCCUGCGGGCCUGGCCUGGGCUUUGCGUAGAGGUUCGGUCACGGCAGCGUGAUGGGAAGUGGAGGAAGUAGGCCAGCCAUGGCCCCGAACCCUAUUCCUACAGGAAUUCUUGGUUUUGCUGGAAGGUUGUUUUUCUAAGCCAACAAGUCACCACCAAGUCACGAUUGGUUGCUAGAGUCACGCGUCUCCCAUCCUUACUGAGGUGGCUGGGCCAAGUUCACCACGCUGCCCCGCAGCCCUGAGCUCCUUCUGUGCUUACUCAGGUGGCGGCAUCACACAGUGAGCCCUCCCGAAGCACUCUGCCUGGAACGAGGACAGGGCAUCGUUUAUUUAUUAUCUCAUCAGAUCGGUGAGAGGUUCACCAAUAUUUGUCUUUUAGUUUCUCUGAGAAUAUUUAUAUACAUCCAAAGAGUUAAUGAGAAUAGCUCCAAAACCAUUUUCAGUGCUAAGUGUAUGGUGUAAUUAAUCACAUCCCACUAAGCUGGGGUGGGCCCAAGAGACUUCCUCUUACCAUCAGAUUUCACAUGGAUCUGUCUUUAUAAAGAAAUUACUAUUUCUUUAUAUUUUGUUAGAAUAAAGCUUAAAUUAUGAGGAACUAUAAUGUAAGAAAAUUACUAAUGCUUAUAAAAUCUCUGUCCCUUGAAUUUCUGUGACAAUGCAAGACAUUUUUUCCUAUUUUCACUUAAUACCAACAUCUUCUACUGACAUGAAUAAAAAACUUGGAACCGGUACAAUUAAGCUACUAUUUACUCUGAAUUGAGUGUUUCAUGAAGCAGAGUGGUCCAAGAAGCCUGCUUUGGAAUUCUGAAGACUUAACUCCUCAUUUUAUAGCAUUUCUUUUUAACCUCUGUUAGCAUGUAGGAGUUUAAUAAAUUAAUAUGAUUAAACAUUUUUAAGGAUGGUCAUCUUACACCACAAGUCAUCAAGUGAUUCCCACAGUUUAUUCAGUGAUCAGUGAGUGAUAGCUACUACCCCCUGUCAAUAUCCACAGAAAACAAGGGUCAAAAGCCAGUUGUAUUAAGUCUUUAAGAGGUUUCAAUUUUAGUAUGUUUUCAGAAAUUAUAAUCCUUUAUUACUUGAAAAUUAAAAUUUGUGACACGAAAAGAUGGAUUAUGAUUUUUUUGGGAAGAGAAAAACUCAGUAGAGAGACAAGAGCACAUACCCACCCACACCAGUUAAUGAAAAGUCUGAGUUGCCCGAGACCCAGUCUGUGCAAUCACAGCCAGCCUUCCCCCUGGUCAGAAGAAUGGGGGGGGGGCAGUAUCUGUGUCUCACUAUGAGUGGGCCGGGGGUCGGGGGGCACUCUACAGCUGGGCCAUUUCAGACACAAGUGGGGUGUCAUGGCAGGGCCUGUUCCACUCCUGCCUGCCUUGUGUUCAGGAGGCCUGCACCUCUCCAGUGCUUUUUCUUGUCUGAAUACCAAAGGCAAUUCAAGCCAGGUACAAAUGACUUGCCAGGGUCGUUUUAUUUUUGUUACAAUUUCCUCCAACAUCAGUCCUAUCUCCUAUCCCUUAGUUUUCAAGAGCUUUUCUUUUCUUUUGUCCAUUUUGCUCUUUGUAUUUUGUAGACCUCAUUGAACUGCAUUGAGUACUCACCUAGAACUUAUUCAAGGAGCCAGCAUUCUGCAGGGGCUCACACGUCCCACUGCGUUUGGAUGAGAAGCCACACAGUUCAAAAAGAAAGCAGUGUUGAGCAUCUUAACAAUGUUGAACCUUCUCUGCCGGUUUCUCUUUUAGAAUUUACACUGUUUGCUUCAAACAACCUUUUUUAAAAUUAGUAAGCAAUAUGAAAAUGUUGAAACCAAGAGAAUGAGGCUCUAAAAUUGUUUUUCUCUCUGUGUAGAAAAGUAAGUCCCCUGGCAGGGCGCAGGGUAUCCCACCUAUUGGUGGGUGGGAUGCACCCACUUUUCCAGUCAUGUAAGAGGACAGGCUAGGGUGAAGGGACUCAUUCCUGCCGCCUCGCCCUGAUUCUCUGAUGUUACCAAUGUCCCCAGUGUCAUCGGGAACCUCCCCAGAUGUUAAGCAUCCGAACCUCUCACCCUCUCAUUUCCCAAAGUCUUUGUCAAACCUUCACACUCGUUAGUAAAACCUGUGCUUGCCAUUUUCAUGAAUGAGCACUUGCUCUCAAUGAGAGGAGAGAGGGAGAGAGAGAAUAUGAAUAAAAGUAUGAAACACAUGGAUUCCAAAUUCGUGCCAGCCCUGUGUGUGGCGCUGGAAAUAUGAGAACAUCUGAAGAAGAAGAGAAGAGGUUUAUAAUAUAUUUUAAGCAAUGUGUUACUAUAUCAUACUGACAGUUACAAUUGUAGCAAAUAACUAAAGUCUCUGGAAAAAAAUGUCAAAUAUGUGUUUUCUGAUGCACCUUUGACUAAAAUAUUGACUUUAGAAAUAAAAACAUUUUUAUUUUGCUAUAUCAA